AUGGCAUUACAACCAUUACCAUUGCCAAAUUUUUCAGGUGACCAUGAUAAGGACAUUGAUAUUUUCUGUAGCCGACUAUCAUCAUAUUUCGCAGCCGGUAUGGCUGCUCUUCGAGCUCGAACUAUGGCACAAAUGGUUACUAGUAACAGUUUUAGAAAUCCUUCAAUAGCUCAUGACUACGCAAAUGUCAGUGGAAAUAAUGCAGUAACAUCUGAUAUUGAAACGCUAUGUGGAUUACGGACUACUCUAGAAAAAACAAAAAUAGAUUAG